CAUCAGAUAACAGACGGCGGCACAAGCUGCAAAAACGACGCUCCAUGCAUGCAGCCCAGUCCGAUCCCUGUGUGUUGCCUAGCAGGCCAGAUCUCAAUCAAACAGGCCCUAAAUCACAGGUCUGUUUCCAUCGGUCCGUCCAAUGGUCAGACGUCAGCAUCUCCGCCUGCAGUGCCGUCCCUCUCGUCUCGUCUCUCUUCUCAGGCGCCACGCAAAACGGACUCCGCGCUUUUCCCUCUCCGGAUCCGGCUCCGGCGAAGCAGCGGGAGCCACAGCCACCGAUGCUCCGGGCCGCGACGGUGCAGGCGCGUCUCCUCCUCCUAUCGCGCUCCUACGUAGGGCAGGCAAAGGCAGCUUCUAGCUGGCCUCUCGUCCGCAGGAAGCCUUCGCGUCUUGGAUCUGUACGCCCUUUCUAUCAGAUGGACACUAGAGGGCAAGACGAAAAUAAAAUUUUGACUGCAAGAGGGUGCCAUAGCUCCCCUGAGAGUCAAGAAUUAGCAAUGAAAAGCUGUGUUCCAUGCAACUCUAAGGAUUUACAUCCCAUGUCAGAAGAUUCUGCUAAAAAGUUGCUUGAACAGGUGAAUGGUUGGGAACUCAUUACUGAAGGUGAUGUUCUGAAAUUACAUAGAGCAUGGAAGGUGAAGAACUUUGUUAAAGGACUUGAGUUCUUUCAACUUGUUGCUGCUAUCGCUGAGGAAGAAGGUCACCAUCCAGAUCUUCAUCUUGUUGGUUGGAAUAACGUGAAAAUUGAUGUUUGGACUCAUUCUGUCAGAGGUUUAACGAGUAAUGAUUUCAUCCUUGCUGCGAAGAUCAAUGAUCUCACAUUAGAAGGCAUUAUAAGGAAGAAGAAAACUACAUAGCUAAUGUCUCAGAAGUAACUCAGAUCGGUCGAUCCAAGCAGUCCUGUUUUAUGUACUCCACUCAAAAUAUGUAACUCGUAUUUGCUUGGGAAAAUGUAUACAGCGUUCAAAUUUCGAGGUCGUCUCACCUGAGUAUGAGUUUAUGUACUCCACUUCAAUAGCUUAUUGUUCUUUGCUA